GCUGUGAAAAUUAAUACUGAAAAAAAUCUUGAACUACAGUACCAAACAACGUUUACAUAAUUGUGAAAUAUUCCAGGAUUGAAAUCAUAGUCCAGGCAUGGUCAAUGUAUUCUGCAUUCUCCGAAUGCAAACGUGGGCUUUUCUCCGCGUGCUUUUAUAUACAUCGCACAUGUUGAGUGCUGACCCGCAGUUUUCUCGGUGUGUGAGUUUUAAGUGUAGACGACUGAACCCCUUACAGCUGAUGCACUUCCAGCGAAUUAAUGAUUGAAUAAAAAAGAUUCAGAAAGGGGCGUGUUUGUCCCAUAACAGUGGCAAUUCAGAAAUUGGCUAAUUUUAAAGCAUGUUUUAUUAUAAACGGGCAAAUAUUUUGGGUUUUAAGCUUUACUAUUUUGUUGUGUUGAGUUUUAAAAUUGCUGAUUUUAUGCACUUGAAAAGUUGACGUUCCUUUGCCCCUUGGUGUCCGCCGCUCGUAGACACCACUGAUAGCACUCAUUGACCAUUCAUUUCGAUUGGAUAAUCUGAUAGGUCGGGACAUCUUCUCAGGAGGCAGGAACUAAAGACCCACCCCUGCAUAAAAACCAGAGUAUGUGGACAAUCGGUAUAAUGUGCCUGUGUCAGUCACACAACAGAUUGACUGAUGCGUUUUGCCGAGCUUAAGGACUUGAUAUAUAAUCACUCACGAGGUGUGAUAGUUUGAGGUUUACCGGUCUUUAUCAAUAUUGUCAUCGCUAUGACUCUCUCAAAGAACUGCAUAGUUCCCAAACAACAGCUAUGCGUUGCUUUAGAAGAAGAGGAAAUCGAUAUCGUGGGUGAUGAUGAGUGUUCCCUUGGAGGAGAUCCCUACUCUGCUCUCAGAGUCACCGGCGAGGAAGGCACAUCUUUGGAAAUAUCCGAGGCCGACUCUUCUGGGGAAAGUGAGGGUGGUUUCACACCCGAAGCAAAGACUGGCUGCAGACCUGUUAACCUGGUGAAGCCGCCCUAUUCAUACAUUGCUUUAAUCACUAUGGCCAUUUUACAGAGCCCGCAAAAGAAACUCACCCUGAGUGGCAUUUGUGACUUCAUAAGCAGUAAAUUUCCUUACUACAAGGAAAAGUUUCCGGCCUGGCAAAACUCGAUCAGACACAAUCUGUCGCUGAAUGACUGUUUUGUGAAGAUCCCGAGGGAACCUGGGAACCCGGGCAAAGGUAACUACUGGUCCCUUGACCCUGCGUCGGAAGACAUGUUUGACAAUGGAAGCUUUUUACGGCGGAGGAAAAGAUUCAAGCGCCAUCAGCCCGAGUUCGUCAAAGAAGGCCUGACAUUUUACCCAAAUUUAACUUGUUACCGCUCUUUCGGCCGGUCAUGUGGGCAACAGGCGCCGCAAGCAACGGUUCAGCAUAAUGUGCUACGUUAUGUGCCAGUGCAAGAUCAAGUGAUGUUUCCUCAUUUGGCUCAGCAUUUGAGUUAUCAGGAGCUUAACAGAAAGGUCCCCGACCACAAAGGACUUAACAUAAUGCCCACCCCUGGGCUGAAACCGGCCGGCGCACCGACCAAAUGCUCCUUCACAAUCGAGAGCAUCAUAGGCAGCUCGCACAACUCGUCCGGGCAGAAUGCCCACUUAAACGCUUCUUUGGAUUAUCCACACAUUUUACAGAGAUCGCCAAGCUGUUUGCUUCCUACGGUUUUAUCCGCUGCACCGUCUACUGCGUUCAGCCCCCUCGCUGGCCAAUCCAGAAAUCAUUUACAACUGCCUUACCCCCAUUGCUAAACUGACUGCGAACGACUAAGAGACUCGUGCAAACUUAUUUGAAAAUGAACGUGUACUCACCGAACAAAACCGUAUAAAAUGGGAAGGUAAUACCUAAAAUGUCAAAACACCUCUGCUGAUUAUUCGGAAUUUAUUUCUUUUAAAGAAGAGACUUAAUCGAUUGAAACCAGAGUGCUUGCUUGCUGUUUUCGUGUAUAGAUUAUGAAUUAUUAAUAAAUGUACAUAUAUUUAUAUUAAAAUAUUUAUUAACUGAAUGUUGCAUUCCGAAUUGGACAGAAUAUAUUUCAUGGCCAAUUGCUUUGUUG